AUGCCCUUCAACAAACCUAUAGCGGUGGUGGUCGUCCUCGUUUCCCUCCUUCAAUUCGUGUCCGCUCAGCGUACUGUGCAGGAACAAUCUUCACUUACGGACCCCGCCGACCAAUGUAAAUACUACAACUACCCCCCAGUCUCCACCCAAAUCACCAACUUCCCCGCCACCUGGCAGACCGCUAAAAUCCUACCCAGCGAUUCUGCAGCCCGCACAAAGUUCAGCGAAAUAUCUUCUGGGAUUCCUCAGCUUCCUAUUAAGGGUUUAAAAGCCAAGCAAACGUAUGAUAAGGCAGACCCUGACUGUUGGUGGACGGCAACUGAAUGUACUAAACCAAAACAUGCCGGUGUUCCUGAGGAUUUGUCUGUGGUCCCUGAGCCCCAAACUCUUGGAUACGGAUUUGACGACGGCCCUAACUGCUCUCAUAACGCGUUCUAUGACUAUCUCACGCAGCAAAAACAGAAAGCUACUAUGUUCUUCAUCGGAAGCAAUGUCAUCGGUUGGCCGUUACAGGCUAAACGUGCGUUCGAAGAUGGCCAUGAAAUUUGCGUCCAUACAUGGUCUCAUCAAGAACUCACUGGCAUGACCGAUGAGGAGGUUUUUUCAGAGAUCUGGUAUACUGUGAGCCUGGCAAUCACUCGCGCCUGCGCCGUUUACCUCGACGACUUAUGGCUCGUCACAGGUGCAAGCUAUCAAGCUCGUUACUGGCGCUACUACCACAUGUUUCCGCCCUCCCUUUGGAAUAUCCUCUGGAAGCACGAUACCUACGAUACUAUCCCCGACAAGAGUACGGGCAAAGUUGAAGUCGCUUCUGUCCGCAAGAACUAUGAAUCAUUCGUAGCUACCGCCAAUUCCGGUGCAUUCGCUAGGGAAGGAGCUAUCCUACUCGCACAUGAGACCAACAACAUGACUAUGCAGGAGGCUGUCAGCUACUACCCACAGCUGAAGGCUGCUUUCAAGUACAUUGUCCCUGUCGGUGUUGCGAUGAACAUCACUCAACCUUACGUCGAGACCUCUUUCUCCCAGCCUUCGUUCGAACAAUAUGUCGCUGGUACGCUCCAGACCCAAGGUCCCGCCUCCAAUCCCAAGUCCGGUUCACCCAACGGAGGCGAUGGAAAAAGUGGAAACAGUUCUACUCCUUCCGGCUCAACGAGUACAAAUCUCGGAAACGGUGCCUCAUCGGCAUCCUUCCCUGUCAUUUCGUCGGCGUUGAUGGGAGUCGGUCUUGCACUGUUUGUUUCGGCCAUGCUUUGA